CUCUCUCUCUCUCUCUCUCAGCUGGCAUGACCCUCAAGUUUGUGGUGACACAACUAUUCUAUCCCUUUAAUUUGUUUAUUGAUAACUGUUAGAGAUUUACAUAUGCUUCAUAUUGGUAUGGAAGGAGCUUCUUUCUCUUCGAUUUCUCGCGGGAUUGGGUUCUUCUCGUUUUACUUUUGCAACAUUCCAAGUGGGUUAUAUGCAUUUAGUCUUCUUCAGAUAGGGAUUGAAGUAACUCAAAUUAGAUUAAAUUGAUUUCAGGGGAUCAGAGUUGAUGCAUUGCUUCGGUGUACCAUAUAGUAUGUAGUGUUUUACAAUUCCAUAAUGAAAUCUGGGUAAUCUUUGUAAAGGAAAAAGAAUGCUAUUCCAAGUUGAUGCAUGUGGUUUCAUUCUGGCCGGAAUACUGACUUGAUAGUUUAUUUUGCAGACCUUUGGUGAUUGCAAUUUUUUAGUACCUUUCAUAAAGGUUACCACAUAUAGGAGCAAAAAGGAGAAGGCUUUGGGGGCAGAACAAUGGUGGUUGGCAGUUCUAAUCCCCAAGUUAAGGAGAUAGCAUUCAGGAGAAGGAUCGCGAGCAUAUUCAAUAAACGAGAAGACGAUUUUCCUUCCUUGAGAGAGUACAAUGAUUACUUGGAGGAAGUAGAGAAUAUGAUAUUUAACUAUAUCGAAGGAAAAGAUGUCGCUGCUAUUGAUGCCAGAAUUGCACAGUAUGAGAAAGAAAAUGCUGAGCAAAUAAUGAUCAAUAGAGCGCGCAAGGCUGAAGAACUAGCUGCAGCUUUAGCAGCAAGCAAGGGUCAGCCUGUACAGGAUGAUGCUGAUGUGGCUCUGAACCAAGGCUCUCAAGCAGGAUUUGGUACUGGUACGCAGGGGCAAUAUGCACCUACUAUUUCUGGACAACCACGACCAGUUGGCAUGGGAGGCCCACAACCUCUGCCACUCGGAGGGGUGCAUGAUAUGCAUGGAUAUGAUGACGAAGAAAUGAUGCAGCUGCGAGUAGAGAGAGGUCCAAGGGCAGGAGGGUGGAGUCCAAAUAUAAGCAGGAAGAGGGCACUUGAAGAAGCCUUUAGUAGCAUCUGGGUUUCAUAGGACCAUAGUUUCUUAAUCACUCAAUGUUUGUAAUGUAAUGAGAAAGCAUGUCUGUCUUAUUUUUGACAUGCGAAGUUAUAAUUUAUAAAGUUAUGACGAUCGAGUAUUGGUAGA